AAACCCCCUCCGCGCUCCCGAAAUCGCCGUUUUUUGACCCAAAUCCCGGUGCCCCCCCCCCGCCAUGACGCUCUUUCACUUCGGGAAUUGCUUCGCUCUCGCUUAUUUCCCCUAUUUCAUCACCUACAAAUGCAGCGGCCUGUCGGAGUACAGCGCCUUCUGGCGCUGCGUUCAGGCGGGAGCCACCUACGUACUGGUGCAACUGGGAAAGAUGCUGUUUUUGGCCACUUUCUUCCCGAUGUGGGAGGGGCCAUCGGGGGGGUACGACCUCGUGGGGGAGUUCCUGCGGGCGACGGUGGACGUGGCGGAUCUGGGGGGGCUCCAGUUGGCCCUCGGCCGCGGGGGGGGACGCGGGGAGCUGCGCAUCCUCGUGGCCGCGCUCGGCUGGGCCAGCGCCGAGCUGCUCACCUCCAGGUGUGUGCCGCUCUGGGUCGGCGCUCGCGGCGUUGAGUUCGAUUGGAGACACCUCCAGAUGGGACUGGAGUCCAACAUCAGCCUGGUUCGUCACUUGGCGUCAGCGUCACUGCUUUGGGCCUCGGGGCGCCACGACCUCCCCCCCCGCCUGCGGCUACCGCUGGGGGGGCUCUUGGCUACCAGCGCCUACGAGGGCUUCCUCACCGGGUGGGCGGGGCAAGCGCUGGGCCUGGGGCCGUGGGGGGCACUGGGGCUGAGGGCCUUGGGGGCCGUUGCAUUGGGUUUGGGGGCCCUCCGCCUUCUCGCCCCAUUGCUGCCCCCCCCGUGACCCCCAGAACCCCCAAACCCCCCCACGUCCGACAGAGGGGACCCCCCCCAAGGCAUUGGAACCCCACUUGGAGCGAAGGGACCCCCCAGAAAGAAAUGG